AUGCUGAUCUUUGUCGCCAUUUUUGGCUUUCACCGUCUACAAACUCCUUCCAAUCUAUUACUUGCGACUUUAGCAUUGUCAGAUGCAUUUGUCGGGCUGACGGUCCAACCAGGUUAUAUUACCUACCGGCUUAUGGAAAAUCAGCACCGUUCAGUUCCUUGUUUUGCAAGACAUAUCUACAGUUCUGCAUUCUACGUAUGUUUUGGUGUUUCUUUCAUGACUCUAACUGCUGUGAGCUAUGAGCGCUUUGUGGCUGUUCGCCUACGUGUAAGGUACAACGCGAUGUUCUCAACGAAACGAGUUCUAAAAUAUGCUUUGGGGAUAUGGACGGUAAAUAUAUUCUUGACUGCUAUGGAAUGGGCUAAAAUAGAUAAAGCUAUGAGAGGUAUUCAUCUAACUCUUUGGUUUCUUUGUCUCCUUUUCUCAACUGCGACCCAAAUUGUCGUUUUCUAUAGCUAUACGAAGACACCAUCGACGAGUCAAAAACCAACUUCAAGUGGAUAA